AUGGACGGGACCGAACGGGUUGGGGGGAAAAUUGCCAUGACAGGGUCGCUUUUGGCGAGGGAGUGGAGGGGCAGAGACAGAAGAGGCAGAACAGACAAGCUCACUCGACGAGAGCUGGAGCGAGAAGCCACAAGUCUAGUGAGGUGUGAUUGGAGUCCAAAUUGCCGUAACGACCAAACGGGCACCAUGAACCAUGGGCCAUCACGGGGGUGGAACGUCAUUGACCAAUCAGGAAAACGAGAUGCGACGUCGGCGGUGGUUUGCCUGCAAGGGCCCCCGGCGGCCUAA